AUGCUUGACAUUCUAGCGUUCAUUGACGAGAAGGGAGGAGACGCCCAGGCGAUCCGAGAGUCACAAAAAGCUAGAGGCGAUUCGGUGGAAAUCGUGGAUGAGAUCAUUGCUGAGUACAAUGAUUGGACCAAGCUCAGAUUCCAGCUAGACGAGGUGAACAAGAAGCAGAACAAAGUGCAAAAAGAGAUUGGUCUUAAGUUUAAGGCCAAGGAAGAUGCCACAGAACUUCUAGCCCAAAAGGAGACUCUCGUUCAGGAAAAACAGGCCUUGUUCUUGAAAGAGCAGGAGGCAGACAAGAAGUUGCGUUGGAAGGUUAACCAAGUUGGUAACAUUGUUCACAAAUCUGUUGUCAUCUCCAAUGACGAGGAGAACAAUGAGCUUGUUAGAACCUGGGCUCCAGAAGGCUACGAUAUCAGCAAAAUCACCAACAUUGCAACUGCUACCGGAAAGCCAGCUGCCCUUUCACACCACGAAGUUCUGUUGCGUCUGGAUGGUUACGACCCAGAACGUGGUGUUAGAAUCGUCGGCCACAGAGGCUACUUCUUGAGAAACUACGGUGUUUUCUUGAACCAGGCCCUCAUCAACUAUGGAUUGAGUUUUUUGGCAUCCAAGGGUUAUCUUCCUUUGCAAGCACCAGUGAUGAUGAACAAGGAUGUUAUGGCUAAGACUGCCCAACUGUCUCAAUUUGACGAAGAGCUUUACAAGGUCAUUGAUGGUGAUGAUGAAAAGUACCUGAUUGCCACUUCGGAACAGCCAAUCUCAGCCUACCAUGCCGGUGAAUGGUUUGAGAAGCCACAGGAGCAACUGCCUGUUCGUUAUGCCGGUUACUCUUCCUGUUUCCGUAGAGAGGCUGGUUCUCACGGUAAAGAUGCCUGGGGUAUCUUCAGAGUUCACGCUUUUGAAAAGAUCGAGCAAUUCUGCUUGACAGAACCAGAAAAGUCCUGGGAGGAGUUCGACAGAAUGAUCGGUGCCUCUGAGGAUUUCUACAAGUCCUUGGGAUUGCCAUACAGAGUUGUGGGUAUCGUCUCUGGUGAGCUUAACAAUGCUGCUGCCAAGAAAUACGAUUUGGAGGCUUGGUUUCCAUUCCAGAAGGAGUUCAAGGAACUGGUUUCAUGUUCCAACUGUACCGACUACCAAUCCAGAAACCUGGAGAUUAGAUGUGGUAUCAAGGCUUUGAACCAGAAGGAGAAGAAGUACGUCCACUGUUUGAACUCAACUUUGUGUGCAACCGAGAGAGCUUUGUGCUGCAUCUUGGAGAACUACCAGAAUGAAGACGGUUUGGUCAUUCCUGAAGUGUUGAGAAAGUACAUUCCAGGCGAGCCAGAUUUUAUCCCAUUCAUCAAGGAGUUACCCAAGAACUCCACUUCCCAGAAGAGGAAGUGA